AAUAAAAUUACAUUUUGAGAGAAACGGUAGAUUGAGGGAGAAAACAAAGGAAAAGGAGAGAAAUGAAGCACAUUUUCAAGAAGCUACACAAAGGCCAUAAUCACGAGUCUAAUCGGACCAACGAGACGCCGCCGCCGCCGCCGCCGUCUCCCUCAUGCGCCACCGAUCAUCAACGUACCAUGUCCGGAAACUCUCCGACGAGUCCCUCCACGUCAUCACCUUCUCGGGCUACUGUUUUGACGAGCCUCGGGAACACUAGAGCAGCGUCGACUGUGUCGGCAAGUAAUGGUACCGAUUACAUGUUGUCGGAGGAGGAGUUCCAGGUUCAGUUAGCUCUAGCGAUCAGCGCGUCGAAUUCGGAGGAUCCCCAGAAGGAUCAGAUCCACGCAGCGACUCUGCUGAGCUUGGGCGGUACAGGCAGGGAUAGGGAGGAGGUGCCCGCAGAGGAUUU